UCAGAUACAGAGGAAGAGGAAUAGAGAACCAAGAGAACCAUGAGUCUGUCAGAGAAAGACAAGGCCGCCGUCAGGGCCAUGUGGGCCAAGAUCGGCAAGUCAGUGGAAGUGGUUGGGGCUGAUGCUCUGGGCAGGAUGCUCGUCAUCUACCCGCAAACCAAGACCUACUUCUCCCACUGGGCGGACAUGAGGCCCGGCUCUAAACCAGUGAAGGAGCACGGGAAGAGGAUUAUUAACGCAAUCGGUCAGGGGGUGGCCAAGAUCGACGACCUCAACAGCGGCAUGCUGGAGCUCAGCGAGCUGCACGCCUUCAAGCUGAGAGUUGACCCGGCGAACUUCAAGCUCCUGAGCCACUGCAUCCUUGUGGUGAUGGCCAACAUGUUCCCCAAGGACUUCACCCCCGAGGUCCACGUCUCCAUGGACAAAUACCUUGCUUGCCUGUCCCUGGCUCUCUCUGAGAGAUACCGCUGA